UUUCUUUUUUUUUUUUUUUUUUUUUUUUUUUAAUUUUUAAUUUUUUAUUUUUUUUUUAUUAAUUUUUUUUGCAUACAAAAACAAUAAACAUUUUCUAAAAAUACAUACAAACAAAAAGAUGCGUAUCAAACAUAUUAGGAAGGUUGCACAUGGGAAGUCGGGGAAUAGAAAUGGGGGUGGGAGUUAAAAUAAAUGAGAGAGGGACUUUAUAUGGAUCAGUGAUAAUAACUCAAUCCUCUAUUUGACAAAGAAGAGGGAGAAGGAAGAGGAAGAAAAAGAAAGUGGGAUAAAGGAUCAGAAAGGGAGGAAAAUAGAAAAAAUUAGAGUAUGACUCCAGGGUAGACCUGUUUUGUUGUCAUUGAGUUGGUUGGUUGGUUUGUCUGUUGUAUUCUUCAUGUUUCGCCAAGUUGGCCAGACUGGUCUCGAACUCCUAGUCCGAAGUGAUCAACCCGCCUCGCCCCCUAGAGUGCCGGGACCACAGGCGUGAGCCACCACGUCCAGCCCCCACAUUGCUUCUGGCCUCCGUGGUAGACCUCCCAGACGGAGCGGCCAGGCAGAGGAGCUCCUCACUUCUUCCCAGACAGGGGGGCGGCCGGGCAGAGGCUCUCCUCACUUCUUCCCGGACGGGGGCAGCCGGGCAGAGGCGCUCCUCACUUCUUCCCGGACGGGGCGGCCAGGCAGAGGCGCUCCUCACUUCUUCCCGGAUGGGGCGGCCGGGCAGAGGCGCUCCUCACUUCUUCCCGGGCGGGGCGGCCGGGCAGAGGCGCUCCUCACUUCUUCCCGGACGGGGCGGCCGGGCGGAGGCCCUCCUCACUUCCCAGACGAUGGGUGGCCGGGCAGAGGCGCUCCUCACUUCCCAGACGGUGGGUGGCCGGGCAGAGGCGCUCCUCACUUCCCAGACGGUGGGUGGCCGGGCAGAGGCGCUCCUCACUUCCCAGACGGUGGGUGGCCGGGCAGAGGCGCUCCUCACUUCCCAGACGGUGGGUGGCCGGGCAGAGGGGCUCCUCACUUCCCAGACGGUGGGUGGCCGGGCAGAGGCGCUCCUCACUUCCCAGACGGUGCGUGGCCGGGCAGAGGCGCUCCUCACUUCCCAGACGGUGGGUGGCCGGGCAGAGGCGCUCCUCACUUCCCAGACGGUGGGUGGCCGGGCAGAGGCACUGCUCACUUCCCAGACGGGGCGGCCGGGUAGAGGCACUCCUCACUUCCCAGACGGGGCGGCCGGGCAGAGGCGCUCCUCACUUCCCAGACGGGGCGGCCGGGCAGAGGCGCUCCUCACUUCCCAGACGGUGGGUGGCCGGGCAGAGGCGCUCCUCACUUCCCAGACGAUGGGUGGCCGGGCAGAGGCGCUCCUCACUUCUUCCCGGACGGGGCGGCCGGGCAGAGGCGCUCCUCACUUCUUCCCGGACGGGGGCGGCCGGGCAGAGGCGCUCCUCACUUCUUCCCGGACGGGGCGGCCGGGCAGAGGCGCUCCUCACUUCUUCCCGGGCGGGGCGGCCGGGCAGAGGCGCUCCUCACUUCUUCCCGGGCGGGGCGGCCGGGCAGAGGCGCUCCUCACUUCUUCCCGGGCGGGGCGGCCGGGCAGAGGCGCUCCUCACUUCUUCCCGGACGGGGCGGCCGGGCAGAGGCGCUCCUCACUUCCCAGACGAUGGGUGGCCGGGCAGAGGCGCUCCUCACUUCCCAGAUGACGGUGGGUGGCCGGGCAGAGGCGCUCCUCACUUCCCAGACGGUGGGUGGCCGGGCAGAGGCGCUCCUCACUUCCCAGACGGUGGGUGGCCGGGCAGAGGCGCUCCUCACUUCCCAGACGGUGGGUGGCCGGGUAGAGGCGCUCCUCACUUCCCAGACGGUGGGUGGCCGGGCAGAGGGGUUCCUCACUUCCCAGACGGUGGGUGGCCGGGCAGAGGCGCUCCUCACUUCCCAGACGGUGGGUGGCCGGGCAGAGGCGCUCCUCACUUCCCAGACGGUGGGUGGCCGGGCAGAGGCGCUCCUCACUUCCCAGACGGUGGGUGGCCGGGCAGAGGCGCUCCUCACUUCCCAGACGGUGGGUGGCCGGGCAGAGGCGCUCCUCACCUCCCAGACGGGGCGGCCGGGCAGAGGCGCUCCUCACCUCCCAGACGGGGCGGCCGGGCAGAGGUGCUCCUCACCUCCCAGACGGGGCGGCCGUGCAGAGGCGCUCCCCACCUUCCAGAUGGGGCGGCGGCCGGGCAGGGGCUGCAAUCCCAGCACCCUGGCAGGCCAAGGCAGGCGGCCGGGGGGUAGAGGCUGCCGCGAGGCCAGACCACGCCACCGCCCUCCAGCCCGGGCAACACCGAGCACUGGGUGAGCGAGACUCCGUCUGUAGUCCCAGUACCCCGGGAGGCUGAGGCGGGCAGAGCACUCGGCGUCAGGAGCUGGCGACCAGCGUGGCCAAGAUGGCGAACGCGUGCCUGCAUCCAAAGGAGAAAAGGCAGGCAGCGGUGGCGGGCGCUGGCAGACCCAGGCAGUCCGCGGCGCGGGCAGCAGCAAGCCGAGUAGAUUGUAGCCUGGGCCAGAGAGGGAAAGAAAGAAAGAAAGAAAGAAAGAAAGAAAGGAAGGAAGGAAGGGAGGGAGGGAGGGAGGGAGGAAGGGAGGAAGG